AUGGUGCUUGGCUUGAGAAAUCAGAGCUCUGUGACCACAUUCAUCCUUAUGGGCUUCUCAGAGUACCCAUAUCUCCAGGUUCCCCUGUUCCUCCUAUUUUUCAUUGUCUACACAGUCACUCUAGUGGGUAAUUUGGGUAUAAUUGUGGUGAGAAGAAUCAAUCCCAAACUUCACACACCCAUGUACUUUUUCCUCAGCCAUCUUUCAUUUUUGGAUAUCUGUUACUCUAGUGUAUUUACACCGAAAUUGUUAGAGAUCCUGGUAAUGGCGGACAGAAGUAUCUCUUUCAAAGGAUGCAUGACACAGUUCUUCUUCAUUUGUUCAUUUGUGAUCACAGAAAUGUUCAUGUUAGCAGUGAUGGCCUAUGACCGAUUUGUGGCUGUCUGCAACCCCUUACUUUACAUGGUUGUUAUGUCUCCUCAGCUGUGUGCUCUCCUGGUAGCUGGAACUUACAUGUGGGGAGGACUCUGUUCCCUCACCAUCACAUAUUCUCUUUAUGAACUAUCCUACUGUGGACCGAAUACCAUCAAUCACUUUGGCUGUGAGUAUUCAGCCCUCCUCUCACUGUCCUGCUCUGACACCUCCUUCAGCCAGAUAGUAUGUUUCAUCAUUUCUACAUUCAAUGAAACCUGCAGUCUCCUGAUGAUUCUAGCCUCCUACGUGUUCAUAGUUAUCACGAUUACUAAGAUGCCUUCUAAAGGUGGACUACAAAGAGCCUUCUCUACCUGCUCUUCCCACCUGACUGCCAUCAGCAUCUUCCACGGGAUCAUCCUCCUCCUCUACUGUGUGCCCAGCUCCAAAAGCUCAUGGCUUCUGGUCAAAGUGGCUACUGUGCUUUUCACAGUCAUCAUCCCCAUGCUGAACCCCCUCAUCUACAGCCUCAGGAACAAAGACGUGAAGGAGACUGUCAGGAAGCUAAUCAUGUCCAAACUGCAUUCUCAACUGACUUCACUCAAGUAA